UGAACACACACACACACACACACACACACACACACACACACACACACACACACACACACACACACACACACACACACACACACACACACACACACACACACACACACACAUUUAAAUACCCUCAUAGGAAGACUUGCUGUAGUCAAAUUGAAUCAUCACUCUCAGUGAUACCACCAUGAGACGCUCAGGGCUGUUGAUUUUGGGCUUUGUCCUAAAUGUGUCUCACUGCUUGGACAUGCUGGAUAUGGAGGAGGACAUGGAGAUUGACCGUAACGUCAUUGGGAUCCUUGGAGAGGACAUCUUCCUCCGCUGUCAGUACCUGGGACAGAAUGACAUCACAGACGCCUCAUGGAAACGCCCAGACUCUAGAAUGAAGCGAUCGAUGAAGAAAUUAACAGGCUACAAGAACAACAAGGCUUUCAGCAAAGACCCAGACUUCUCUGCCCCAGCCUCUCCCACCAAUCUGACUGUGAAGAUGAGGGUGUCUACUCUGGAGGCCCAGGGGGAGUACACAUGUGUGUUUGCCACUGAUGAAGAGGAGAUCACUAACAGCAUGUUUCUCACUGUCCUGGCUCGACCUGAUAUCCACACAGUGGUGACAGAGGACACAGACAACGCUACCCACUACCAGUCAGUCACAUGCUCAGCUACCAAUGGUAAACCUAUGGCUCUGAUUCGCUGGGAGAUCAACGGCAGUCCUCCUACUGACAACUCCUCUGUGGAGAUGAGGAACACCAGUUAUACCAAUGGCACUGCCACUAUGACCAGCAUCCUCCGCUUCCCUACCCACCUACAGGACCAGGACAGGGUGACCUGUGUGGUCCAGCACCCAACCCUGCCUGACCCCACCACACAUGUCACAGUGGGGGUGGAGACCUUCAUGGCUCCCAAUGUGACCAUUGAGACAUACCUGGUUCUAGAGGACGGAGAGGAGUUCUGGGUGGUCACCUGUGGUGCUGCUGGAGGACGACCCCGAGCUGACAUCACCCUGGUGCUGCCCAAUCAGGAGACCAGUUCCAUGCUACAGAAGGAGGUUGUCAUGGAUGCAGCAGACACAUUGGUCAGGUCAUACCGCUUCCCAGCUGAGCUUCAUGAAGGGGAAAACAUCACCUGCCUGUUUGACCACCCCAAAUUUCCACACAGAGAGCUACGGACCACCACUUUGCCGGCAUUCUAUCUGUCUGCUGUUCGGCUGCUGAACCCAGGGUUGGCAGACAGCAGCUACAAGCGCCAGGCUGUAGAGUCAGUGGUGCUGGUGGAAGGACAGAGCAACAUCACCAUCGGGCUAGAGGUCGUUGGGGAUGUACCACGUUACAGUAUCGUAUGCACCAAAGAAGAGCAGUCUCUCCCUGAGGGUGUGGAGGUGAUUGGCAGUGUUCUAACCCUGCAGGGUCCUGUGGAGCUCCACCAUGCAGGGCUGUAUGAGUGUGAGGCCUCCUACUACAGCCACAGGGCAUCUGUACUGCUGGACAUUGCCAUUAACCCACAAGUCAAGCAGUCUGUGACUGUUCCUCCCAGCAUAAGGAUUGAUGUUCAAGAUAGACUGGGUGACAGGUUCAUUGAGUGCCUGGCUGCAGACUCUGUCCCUGUUGCCAAUGUGUCCUGGGUUCUACCUGAGGGUGUGUCUGGGCCCUCCUGGUCCAGUCUCACAUCCCAUAAUGGAACCUACUCUGUCAGCAGUGUGUUAGUCCUGCCUGCCUGCUCAGCCCAGGAGCUCAGUAUGGAGUGUGUGAUAGAUCAUUCUGUGUUUGUAUUGCCAGAAAGAAGACAGAUAACUAUACCUGUGUGUGCUCCUCCUAACAUCACCAUCCAGUCCAGCUCUGAGUGGGAGGAAGACGUAGCAUACACACUGGUGCAGUGCACUGUGGACAGUGUUGGACCUGCUGCCACUAUCUCCUGGAGUGUUGGAGACAGUGACAAUAGUACCAGUCAGCUUAAAGAGGGGCAGGAGCAGGUUCAGGGGCAGCCUGAGCACCAUGCCAAUGGCUCUGUGACGGUCUGUAGUGUGUUGAGGCUCCCCACUUCCAUAUUCUCUGGUCAGAAUGUCACCUGUGUGGUGGAUCAGCUGGGUCUUGAGAGGCCAGAGAGAAGAGGGAUACUGCUGCGUGGACUCGAGUCCCCUGUGAUGCGUGUUUUUGUUGCGAGGCAGAGCAGAUCUCUGUGGCUGGCUGUGUGUGAGUACAGAGGGGACGGGAUCAGAGCACACCUCUCCUGGGUUCUACCUGACAACACCACAGGCCACAUCUCCUUCCGCUCUGGGUAUGAAGGUGUGAGAGUGCUAACCAACCUCACCUAUGAGUUCCCACUUGCCCUCCACGAGGGACAGGACCUGAUUUGCCUCAUUCAAAAUCACCAUGGACUUAAGGAGCGGAGGACAGUCCAUGUCCCCAGAUACUACAUCUCAUCUGUCAGAGUACUGAACCAAACCACUCCCCUGUACAAACCUUAUGGAGAUGAGUUCGUUAUACACCGAAUGUCCCUAAAGGAGAAUUUCCAAAACCAGAGGAUCCUGCUCAAAGUCUAUGGCAGUGUACCAACUUACAACCUCACCUGUCACAGAAAUGAUGGCUCAUUGGUCCAGAUGGAUGGCGGAGCUCUGUUGUUCCAAUCAAAGGUCACGGAGCAGGAUGCGGGCCUCUACACCUGCCACGCCUCUUUCUACCACCAUAAGGCCUCAGUCCUCAUUCAAGUGGAGGUCACCAGUGAAAAUCAACAGCUCAUGAUGGUCUUCAUCGUCUGCUUCUCCUCGGCUGCGGCCAUCACGAUCCUCCUCAUCGUCACUUUGUGUGUUUUCUGCAAAAUAAAUGGAGGAGACCGCCCAGCAUCUAAGUCCUGUAAGAAGCGCGAGUCGCUGGCGCCCCUGACCUCUCUGACCCAGGACCUGUGCUCUCCAGAGUUGAGGAAGGAGAAGGCAGCAGUGACAGUACCAGGAGGAGGAGGCCAGGAGUACAACCAGCUGCUCAGCUACUCUAUUGUCAUUGAUGCCAGAUCCACUGUGUAAAUAACAGGGUGCAUCCCCUACUGCCACCCUAUUCCCUAUAUAGAGCACUACUUGUGCACUGUAUAGGAAAUAGGGUGUCAUUUGAGACUGGUUGAUUUAAUUUGGUAGGUAAAAAUAAAAACAUACUCAGUAAAUGCAUUUAAAAAAACUUGACAAGGAUGUCUUCCCUGUGGCUCAGUUGGUAGAGCAUGGUGUUUGCAAUGCCAGCAUGGUGUGUGCAACGCCAGGGUUGUGGGUUUGAUUCCCACGGGGGGCCAGUACAAAAAAAAUGAAAUAAUGUAUGCAUUCACUACUGUAAGUCGCUCUGGAUAAGAGCGUCUGCUAAAUGACUAAUGUAAUGUAAUGUAAUAUCACAAAAGUCAGAGACUUAUUUCCAUUGAGGUCCCUAAAUUCCAUGGUGCAAAAACAUUACAACAUCACAUACAGUUGAAGUCGGAAGUGUACGUACACCUUAGCCAAAUACAUUUAAACUCAGUUUUUCACAAUUCCUGACAUUUAAUCCUAGUAAAAAUUCCCUGUCUUAGGUCAGUUAGGAUCACCACUUUAUUUUAAGAAUGUGAAAUGUCAGAAUAAUAGUAGAGAGAAUGAUUUAUUUCAGCUUUUAUUUCUUUCAUCACAUUCCCAGUGGGUCAGAAGUUU